UUGAAAUGGGAAUCUCUUGAAAUAUGGGUCUCUUCUGACAAAUUAUCUACUAUUUUUUUUUUCAGUUAUGUAAUUAAUAUAAAGUAGUUUAUGAAAGUUAAUCCUAAAUGAGCUAAAUUAGACCAACAAAUGGGUCGUAAAACAACUAAAACAAAACACAAGAAAUGCAAAGUUUGAAGUGGUCCUUUUGAACAGCAUCAGGGAUUCUCAGGUACUAAAAUUAGCAACUCUGCUUUUGCGUGUCUGAGAACUCAAAUUUUAACAGCUCUCUUACUUAUUUUUCUAUCAACAAAAAAAAAUCAGUUUGACUGACAGUACAUGAACGCUUUUCUUACACUUUUAGGGAGCCCUUUUCGAAGUUAAUGGUGAAGGCGAAACACUUUGAAAAGUAGAGAGAGAGAUAGAGGACGAAGUAGAAACUGAAGAGUGCUUUUGACUGGGAUAAAGAAAGAAGAAGUUGUAGAAGAGGAGAGACAGAGAGAUGGAUAUGAACAAUUGGUUUGAUAGAGUUAAAGAAGACCGAAAGAAUUUGAGCUUCUCCAAGACAUUUGCUUGUGCAGAUUUGUCCUCUGAAUGCAUGAGAACGUUUCCUUUCGACUUGAUGAAAAGUCUCCCAAAAGAAGACUUGUCCAACAAGAUGGUGAUAAUAGCAAAGUGGGGAAGCUCUUGGGAAGUAGACAUCUCCAAGAACCCAAGAUUCUACUACAUGGAGAAGUCUGGGUGGAACCAGUUUGUGAGAGACAAUGCCUUGGGCAAAAACGAGUUUGUCACCUUUACUCACAAAGGAUCGAUGUGCUUCGACGUGAACAUCUACGGGAAGGAUGAGAAGGAGAUUGUCAGACCACCAACAAUGGCUUCUUCUAGUGGUAUCAAGCAGGAACAAGGUGCAUCCAUGGAAGGAGUUGAGUUUGAAGCGACUGAUAAGAAAGCUGAAGAAUCCAAGAAGAAGAUCAAGAUCAAGAAUGUGGUGAAUUCUGUGGAAAUAGGUGAAUCUUCAAGAGGAGUAAAGAAGGUCAAGAGAGGAAGAGUGAGAGUGAAGAAUGGUGUUCCAGAAUUUGAGAUCACCAUAAAGAGAUCAGGACUCGGACACGUGACAAUCCCAAAUCUUUUUAAGAAGCAGAUCCCGAAUGAGCAAACGAUGUUCACCAUACACUCGAAAGGUAGCGGUGGUGGUUCGUGGGAGGUGUGGUGCUUGGUGAGGGAGGCUCAAGCAACCUUCUCAAGAGGAUGGAGUAAAUUGGCAAGAGAGUACCCUUUAGAGAUUGGUGACAAGUGCACCUUACAGCUCAUCAAACCCAACGAGUGUGUCCUCACUAUCACCAACAAGGCCAAAGAGGAGGAGAUCACUGUCAUUGAUUGAUUGAUGAAAUCAUUAUGUUUAAGUGUCUUUGACUUCUUAUUAUCUAUGGAGAGACAAUAACUUUAGCUAAUCUGUGUUUCUUUCUUUCUUGUUUGUGUUUGUUUCCUCCACACUUUGCUCUAUCUAUCUGCUCAUGAAACUUUUCUAUAUAUAUUAUGCAAGUCGAUGUUUCCCCCC